AUGAGUAGCAGUAGCAGAAAUAGGGAUGGGAGCAGUUGCAGCAGAAGGAGUAGCAAUAGCAGCAUGAGGAUUAGAAGUAGUAGUAGCAGCCGUAGCAGUAGCAGCAGUAACAGCAGCAGUCGUAGCAGCAGCAGUAGAAGGAGGAGUAGUAGUAGCAGCUGUAGCAGUAGCAGCAGUAGGAGUAGGAGUAUCAGCAGUAGGAGUACCAGCAGCAAGAGGGGUAGGAGUAUCAGCAAUAGGUGUAGCAAUAGCAGCAGAAGCAGGAGUAGAAAAAGCAGCAGCAGGAGUAGCAGUAGCAGCAGCAGGAGUAUGAGUAUCAGCAGUAGGAGUACAAACAGCAGGAGUAGGAGUAGCAGCAGAAGGGGUAGGAGCAGUAGUAGGAGGUGUAGCAGCACCAGUAGACGUAGAAGUAGCAGGAGUAGCAGCAACAGGAGUAGUAGUAGGGGUAGGAGCAGUAGAAGGAGUAAUAGCAGGAGCAGCAGGAGGCGUAGCAGUAGUAGCAGCAGCAGCAGGGGUAGCAUUAGCAGCAGCAGGAGUAGAAGUAGCAGUAUCACGCGUAGCAGCAGCAGUAGACGUAGAAGUAGCAGCAGUAACAGGAGUAGCAGCAGCAGGAGUAGUAGUAGGGGUAGGAGCAUAGCAGGAGUAGGAGCAGUAGCAGUAGUAAUAGCAGUAGUAGGUUUAAUAGCAGGAGCAGUAGACGUAGAAGGAGUAGCAGCAGCAGGAGUAGUAGCAGUAGUAGGAGUAGUAUCAGGUGUAGCAGCAGCAGUAGACGUAGAAGUAGCAGCAGUAGCAGGAGUAGCAGCAGCAGGAGUAGUAGUAGGGGUAGGAGCAUUAGCAGGAGUAGGAGCAGUAGCAGUAGUAGGAGUAAUAGCAGUAGUAGGUGUAAUAGCAGGAUGA